AUGGCCACCUGUACACUCGAUGAUGAAGACUUUGAAAUCUUCAAGAAGUUCAAGAUGCAAAAGAACCCAACCAACAGUGCUAUGAUUUUCCGUUGUGACACCAAGGAACACAAGUUUAAGAUUGAAGAAACCAUUGAAGACAUUUCAUUGGAAAAGUUGACCGAGGAAAUGUCAUCUUCAUCGCCAAGAUACAUUGCCUACGUCUACAGAUACACUCACAAGGAUGGUAGAAUUUCAUUCCCAAUCGUAUUCAUCUACUUUAUGCCAAAGGGUAUCUCACCAACCAUUGCCAUGACCUACUCUGCCAACAAGCAAAACCUCGUCAAUCGUUUGGAUAUCGCCAAGUCUUUUGAUGCCAACACUCUCUCAACUUUGACUGAGGAUUGGUUAAAGGAGAAGCUUGCCUUUUUCAAAUAA